AUGGGCAAACUGUCUACCGCCGCCUUGGCGGCUCUGCUGCUUGCUAGUAAUGCAAGCGCCCUCGACCCCAUUGUCAUGAAGGGCUCGAAAUUCUUUUACGAGAAUGGCACCCAGUUCUUCAUGAAAGGCAUCGCCUACCAGCAGGACACCGCCGCCGCUGGUGGUGAAUCCGUCACCGGCGAGUAUAAAGACCCCUUGGCCGACGAGACAGCCUGCAGGCGCGAUGUUCCUAUUCUGGCCAAGGCCGGUACCAACACUAUCCGCACCUACGCCAUCGACCCCAAGAACGACCAUAGCGCCUGCAUGAAGCUCCUUAGCGAUGCCGGUAUCUAUGUUGUCUCUGAUCUGGGUGAGCCCAAGAUGUCUGUCAACCGUGACGACCCUCAGUGGAACACUGACCUGUACGACCGCUACACCUCUGUGAUCGACGCGCUCGCAAAAUACGAUAAUACUAUCGGUUUUUUCGCGGGCAACGAGGUCUCUAACAACAAGUCCAACACUGAAGCUUCUGCGUUUGUCAAGGCCGCCGUCCGUGACUCCAAGAAGCAUAUCAAGGACAAGGGAUACCGCUGGCUGGGUGUCGGCUAUGCUGCCAACGAUGACGAGGACAUUCGCGUCAACUCUGCCCAUUAUUUCAACUGCGGUAACCAAGAUACCGCUAUCGACUUCUGGGGCUAUAACAUCUACUCGUGGUGCGGCGAGAACGACCUUGUAGGCGCCGGCUACGAUAAGCAAAUCGACUUUUUCAAGAACUACUCUGUUCCUAUCUUCUUUGCUGAGUACGGCUGCAACAAACCCAGCGGAGGCGACGGCCGCAUCUUUGAGGAAACGACUGCUCUAUAUGAGAAGGAGAUGACUGAGGUCUUCUCUGGCGGCAUCGUGUACAUGUUCCACCAGGAGGCCAACGACUACGGUCUUGUGGAAAUAAAAAACGGCCAGGCUAAGACGAUGAAGAACUACGACCAGCUUGCGUCCCGCGUCCUGGCUGCCACGCCCUCUGCCGUACAGAUGGACUCUUACGAACCGACCAAUAGCCCCGCCGAGUGUCCAGGCACCACCUCCAACUGGGAGGUUCACGGUGACACCCUCCCUCCUGUUCCUGACAAGUCUCUCUGCGAAUGCAUGGUCAAGAGUCGUUCUUGUACUCCCAAGUCCGACCUAAAGGCCUCCGCUAUUGGCGAAAUUUUCGGCUUCAUUUGCAGCAACUCACCAGCCUCCUGCGAUGGAAUCAAAACAAACACCACCACAGGCGUCUAUGGCGCCUUCUCCAUGUGCUCUGAUGAGCAGAAGCUUGCCUUCGUUAUGGACGCUUACUACAAGGCUCAGGAUUCUUCCAGCAGUGCUUGUGAUCACGACGGUCAAGCCGAAGUAGUCAGCCCCUCCAGCGACGACACCUGCAAGGCCGCCCUCGACUCUGCCAGCGACACCACCCCCUCGUCUUCCACCGCCAACCCCAGCUCCAGCUCUUCCGGCAACGCUGCCGCUGGCAGCCCCUCCCAGCCCAUGUUCAACUUCGGAGGUUUCGCCAUUGGUGCCUACGUGGUUGCCAGCGGUUGCGUUGGUGCAGCCAUCCUAGCCUUGUAA